UUCAAAACAAAUCCAAAAGAGUAGCUGUUGUGGUCAAAGGUUUGCCAGAGAUUAUUUUCAAGCAGUAAACUCGGUAUCACAGAUUUACAGCGCUCUGGGGAGGGAGUGGCUCAGUGAAUGGUUCUACCAGAGAUACACACACAGAAAAGGGCCGAAAGGCCUCCAGCUGUACUGAAUUCAUCGACACGCAGGAGGAGAAAACACAGCAAAACCAAAUUUAGGAAGUUGAUGUUUGUAGCCAGGGUAGUUUUCUGUGCUGCACAGAUUUGGCAGGAAGUUCGUGAUGAACAAAACCAGGGGUGUUGGGGGAUUCUGAACACGGGUAUCUUGCUAUGCCAAAAUGCAGUGCCGGAAGAAUUUACUGAUCAGAUUAAAAUGGACUUUAAUAGAAUACAAGCCCUCCAGCAUCGUUGUCCCCCUCCCAGGAGUCAGGAACACGGGAUCUGCUGGAGUUCAGUGUUUCCGGGCCAGGAACUCGAAGCAGCUGAUCAGGCUGAUGACCAGGAGUCUUUGUCGCUUCGGGAGGCCUGGUUUCUUGCAGUGUCCUCAGUACAGGGUUCAGCACAGCAGGUCGCUGAGCACUGGCGCUACUCAAGUUGACUCUAUUGAGCAACAUCGGAAGAGACUGCGGGAUUGGUUCAGUCACAUGCCCAAUGAGGAGAUGAGGUUUGGUUCAUUCUCGAUGGAUAACUGGCAUAUUGAUCCUGUCAUUGCUGAAAGUUCCCCCAAAGAGAACAGGGAGCUCACAUCAAGAUUGGGCGUCUACAGUCACAUUGAACCUGAGAAAUCCCGGGUGCUCAAGGCUAAUCAGAUGUUUGCCUCCCUUUCUGAUACAUCUGCUCCAGCAAAGAAUGUGCUUCUGUAUGGCAUGGUGGGAAUGGGCAAGAGCACGGUGGUUAAUAAACUGGUCUUGGAUUGGUGUGACGGGCGACUUGAUCAGUUCGACAUAAUCCUGCCCUUCUCCUGUGAAGAUCUGUCCUCGCAGAAUCAAUCUACAUCCAUGAAUAAAUUAAUCGUUCGCAAGUACACCCAGCUGAGGUCCAUUUUGCCUCAGAUUUGGUCUGGGAAACUUGGGAAAGUGCUUUUGGUUUUCUCUGACCUGGAGCAGCUUAAACUUGACUUUCGUCUCUCGAAGACUGAGCUGUGCAAUGAUCCGAACGAGCCUCUGCCUCCCAGCAGCCUGCUGGUCAACCUGCUCCGAAAUUACCUGAUCCCAGAUGCCAACAUCCUCGUCACUACCCGGCCCUCGGCUGUGGACUCAGUCCCGAGCAGGUACGUGGACAGGUAUGUCCGUAUCUGCGGCUUCACUGAUGUGGAGCAGCAGCACCUGUACUUCAGGAUGCGACUGAACCUGUCUCCCUAUGAUGCAGCCAGCGAGAAUUUGAUGAAGAUGCUGUACAGGAAUCUCCAGAGACAAAGCCAGCUCACAGCUGACUGCUUCCUGCCGUCUUACUGUUGGAUCAUCUGUGCGAACUUGCACUUCCUCCAUUUCACCACUGCUGACAUGCCCAUACAGAACCUCACUGGCCUCUACAGCAGCUUCCUGACCCUAAAUUUCAGCGGUCAAAUUGUAGAUGCCAGCAGCCAGCAGAACAUCUCAAUCGUGCGGUAUAUCGCCAAGACAGUUGGCAAACUGGCCUACGAGGGGAUAGAAAAGAAGAAAAUGCUCUUCAGUGAAGAAGACUUGCAGAACUGCUUUGAACUACACACCAAGACAGAGGAAGAGUUGAAUCAGUUAACUGCCUUUCAGACAGAUGUGUUGGGGUUUUUCAUGUCUCCCACUGCCCAGCACCACUCUGAACCACUCCUUAGGUUCACUGUACCCGCAAUGCAGGAAUAUCUGGCUGCACUGUAUGUUGUUCUGGGAGAGAAAAAGACUGUCUUGGAGCGAGUGGGAAACGUGGUGUCUGAGACCAUUGGAAAAGCCAGUGAGGACGUGACAGCAAUAUUGGCCAUUGUAUCGAAAUUUGUGCCAUUCCGAAUCAUAACGCUACUGAGACUUGUGAACAUUUUCCCACGGAUCUUCAGAAAGAUUCACACCAAGAGCAAGAAGGGCAUUGCAAACACCAUGGUCUUUGAAAUGUUCAAAGAAGACGAUGAGUUGAACAACGAUGUUUUAGAGCAAAUAAAUGAGAGCAUUCUUGGUAAAGAGGUGGGGGUGAGCAGCCCACCAACUGGGGACAGAACAAGCACUCAAUGCUUUGAACUCUUCCCAAUGUUCAUGGCUGGGUUACUGGCCCAGAGUAACCGGCUUCUGUUGGAGAAACUCGGCUGCACAAUAAAGAAUGUAACUGUGCGCGAAAUAUCCAACAGUUUGAAGAAACAUCUCAGCAAAGUCACCAUAGAGAAGCUGCCUCCCUCUGAGCUCAUGGAUCUUCUGUUGUUCCUGUACGAGUUACAGAAUGAAGUGUUUGCAAGGGAGAUCUGCAAGGCUUUCCAAAGCUUGACUUUGUCCCAAGUUAAGAUGACCACGUUGAAAUGUUUUGUGAUUGCCUCGAUAAUGAACACCUCCGACCACCCAAUUGAUGUGAUGAACCUUAGUUUGUGCAACUUAAGUGAAGACUGUUUGAAAAUCCUGCGACCAGUUCUCCUCCGCUGCAAGAAUUUAAAUCUACAGUUUAAUAAUCUUGGACUUGGCGCCUGGCAGGAAGUAAGCCAUUUGUUACAGGACCCGAACUGUACAGUUCAGAACUUGUGGCUUUGUGAUAAUGUUUUGUCUGAGGCUGCAGUUAAUUGUAUCGGACCUGCCAUCGCUCGCAACAGUUCAGUGACUCAGUUAUCACUGCUUCACACGUCCCUGGGAGACCAGGGAGUGAAGGUGCUUACACCGUACAUCCAAGAGAACACACGGCUGAAAGACCUCAACCUCGCCAGUAAUGACAUCAGUGAGGAGGCUGCCGUCACCUUUGUGGAGAUGAUCAAGAAACAUCCAACGUUAGAAACACUUCACCUGUAUUUAAAUGAGAUCAGUGACAGCGGGAAGAAGGAGCUGCACAGGCUCAGUCGGGAGCAGGACGGGGUGAAAGUUCUGGCUUCGAUCACAGAUGGCUCCAACAUCUCGGCCUACUGGACACUGAUCCUGAAGAACGUCAUGCGAAACGCCACAAACAGGGACCAGGAGCGCAUGGCCAACUACCUGACACUGUUUCAGAAUGAGCUGAAGUUCAGUCGCCAGCAAAUCCGAAACCCUUGGAAAAAGCUCAGACUUCUGCGGGUGGAACGUCGAGUCGAGAAACUGCUGAGAAACGUCCAACAGGGCAAAUAGCAGCCAGCACCGCUACUGUUUCAGUGUUAGCACUGAUUGGUCCUUUGGUGGCAUCCCACUGGUGGCCUGUUGUGUGAGACUUGGGUGAGCUGAUCACAGGGAGAGAGCAAGGCUCUUGCCUUGUUAGGUUUAGACUUUGAUUCCUGUUAGGUUCUGGGGAAUGUCUUGUAAAACUCUGUAUGAUGUUGCAAUCACCCCUAGCUAGGUUGGGGAGGGAGAGAUCAGAGGCACAGAUCAGCUACUGCUCAGGGAUCCUGAAUGGACAGCUGUUUCCCUUGCCCAGCAGAGGGAAAACGAGGCAAACGCUCCCAAACUCUGGAGGUAGAUCUCUAAAUUGACUACCCGACAUGGAGUUUCAAUCCUGGGAUUGAGGGUUUCUCUAAAUGACUCGCCAGUGACCAGUUGGAUGUUGAAAAUCUCCCUGCACCCUCAGGAAUGUUCUGGAAAUUUCAGGAAAUAAAGAUUUAUCUUUGCUGCCAGCAAAACAAAACUCAGAGAACAUGAGCAAUAAAUUGUUUCUUUCCAUUUUUUAACAAAAA